CUGUUUUUUGAUUGGUUGAUUCGAUCACGGUCGCGACAGGGUUCUUCUCGUAUUGUGUUCUCAUUGGUUGGCGAAGUUUCUCGCUCGUCGGUGAUUGGUCGGGUUGACAAGUAGGCGUGGUCUCAUUCCACAAGUGCGUGUUACAGCUGUUCGGGGCUCGCGGCGGGUUGUAGCCUGUAGGACGGCCUGCUAAGCUAGUUAGUUCUCGCUGGUCCACACACCACCAGCUGACUUACAUACCUGAGCCCGUGCACGGCAUUCAUGCGCAGCGGCCUGUCGCUGAACCAGUCGGCGGCGGAACGUGUCAGGCGGCCCGAAGGAAUCCCCGUGAGCGACCCGGCGCGAACAUGUCCUGUAUCGAUGUGAUGUUCCAGCCGUACCAGCACCAUUUCUUCUCGCACCCCGCCCCGACUCAGUUCGAGCUGUACCGGAAGAUGCAGGAGUCCACCUUGGGCCUGAGCUCGUCCUCGGCCGCAGCGGACUUCACGUCACACUCCGUCGGGCACACCUCCUCUUCUGUGCCGAGCAGCUCGGCCGGGAGCUCCGGUACCGCGGCGGGCGGGGCCAGCAACACUGCGGACAGGAACCACAAGGAUUCCGAAACAAACUCUGGUGGAGACAAGCCUCCCGAAGCGGAGUACAUCAACUCCAAGUGUGUUCUCUUCACGUACUUUUCCGGGGACUGUAACUCGGUGGUGGACGAACAUUUCAGUCGAGCCUUGAGUCAACCCUCCAGUUUCGGAACCGACACGACCGCGGCGACUUCGGCCGCGUCUAAACCCGAAACGUCCGCAUGGAAAAGCGUCGGUGACACGACUUCUCCGAUGGCGCAGCGGAACUUCCCGCCUUCCUUCUGGAACAGCGCCUACCAGCCCCCCACCUCCUCCCUCACCAGUCCCCACCCAGACCCCCUCCACCCCUACACGGACCCCUACCACCCGCACACCUCAGCCCUACACUCGCACCACUACAACCCCGACCCCUGGCACCCGUACGCGCUGGGGGCGUCCUCCCAGUCCUCCUACCACCAACCUAUCCACCACGACAUGUACAGCAUGGCGAGCUCGUCACACUUCAACCCUCGGUACUCGUCCCUGCUGAUCCAGCCGACGGUCCGGCCGGGGCGGCUGCCGGCUGUCCCGGGGCAGUGCGACCUCGGCAAGCCCGAGUCCGCCUGGACCAGGCCGUACGGUACCGACCAGAUGGGCACCGAGUUCCCCGGGCUAGGAACGGAUAGAAGUUUGGAUCAUCAUGGCCAGGAGUCGGCAGUCAGCAAGGAUCUUUACUGGUUCUGAGACAACCCAUCUGGAUACAACACGCCCCACCCCUCGGGACAUCCCCACCCCCCACGGGACACCUCAACCGGAACCGAACCGGCCAGAUUAUCUCAAGGAGCUCCUUGAUUAUCUUGAGAAAUCCAGACAAAGUGAUAAGACGCAGCCAAGACGGACGGGUAACAAGGGAAUAUGGAUCGGAAGGCGGCGUCGCGUUGAGUUAAAGAUGACGUAGAACACAUGCGGAUUCGGAACACAAACACGGAAUGACGUGGGAACAAAAUAAGAUCGUCUGACUUGGAGCGUCGUCAUGGGAACCUCCGAAAUGGCGGGAAUUACGUCAGGACACUUUAGGACUUAUGAUAUUGUGUGAUUCCGAAAAGGAUCUCAGGUUAGUUUGCGUUGUGUUCUUGCAAUGUCGCGAGAAUACGGAAGAUUUGGUGUGUCAGAUUGAUUUGAUUGUGCUUAUAAUGAAGCUUUUUACUGAGAGGGGCAGAAAUUAGGGUUGAUACCCCCGCUCCAGGAAUAGACGAAACAGAAGCCGAAAAAGAGACUACAAGUCGUCAGAUAAAAGCCCCCGUAACCCAAGCAUGAUGAUAAGGAACUGAUAGUGCCUGACACUCAUCAGGCAGGCGUCUGUCAGGAGCCUGGGUGUCGUCAUCACCAUGGCGACGGUGUUCUAUAGUCGUCAACGAUAUUCUAUGGUCGUAAGCGUCUUUUGCAUUUUGGAAACAGUUGAAAAGGAAAGCUAUAAGUCUUCAUUUUCAAGCAAAGCUUAAGAAAGUAUUUAGUGAAUUGUAUAUGUUUUUAAAACUUUGGUACCGAGUGGAAAGCGGUGUUCUCGACAUUUCUAAAACUUCAACAAAUUUGUCAAUUUUUGUUGAAAUACCGAGGGGUUGACGAAAGAUGUUCUGUGAUAUGAAUAUUAAGUUGUACCAACUGUCUUAAGAAGUAGAGAACCUUGUCGACUCAGAAAAGGCCGCUGCUUGCAUGUACUUUGGAUAUAUAUAUGAUAUUGUGUGCAGUUAUUUGAGCGGUAUUUCUUUCCCCUUGUUUGUUCAAGCGGAACACUGGUACCAAUAUUGUUAUGAUUGAUAUUAUUAUUUGUACAGACUAUAUGAAUGUCAUUUAUUGAAAGAUAUGUAUACUUAAUUGUCUCUAGUCAUACUGUGUGGUUAUAUGACGACUACUUGUGCCGAUAUUUUUGUACAGACCUAGCGGAUAUUUUUAGACGUGUCUGUUUAAGUUGUUAUCAUAUUUGGGUGUAUAUCAUGAUUGAAUAACGCUACGAUUGACAUGUGAUAUUUUCAUCUCAAUACGAUGGAAUUUUCUGUAUGAAUUUAUGAAUAUUAGGAACAGUAGAGAAACGUAGUACAUAGCAGAAGGUAUUUCUUUCUCUCUCGUCGUUGUAAAUUUAAAUUUGGGUGUAUCAGCUGUCCAGAAGCUCUCUGUUUACCGUAGAGGUAUUUUCGGCGACAGUAGGCGGAGCAGCACGGUUUCGGUAUGUCCGGCCGCGACACAAAUAUCGCCAGGUUCGCCUGUCAAUCAACCCGUGCCGCCUGAGAAUUUUAAUCGGCAAUUUUAGCGAGGUCUUAGCUUGCAUUUCGAGCUCUCUUUCUCUCUCACGGUAUCAAGUUGUUAUAUCUGCUCUAUCAGAAUUUCCUUUUUUUCUUCAUUUGUGUCUCUCCAAACUACCUCAUUUGACCAUGCGCACACGAAAAGGCUUAAACACGAUCGUUGCAUGUAUGUAGCUGCUUGGUUCUUGCCUCGUCUUUUCUGUUCCUGAAAAUGACACCAUCUAUCCUUGACAUACGUACUUAGCAUUCCCCCGGGUCACUGCUCACUUAUGACUGUCCGUCAGAACGAGAACAGGAAAGGAAUUUUAUCUCCCAGCCAGAGAAUGAGCUACUGUUUGUUUUCUAAGCGAGAACAUGACCAAAAUAUUUUUGAAUAUCGAAGAAUGUUGAUGAAAUUGUAGCAGCUUCAAACACCUCUUUCUUUACGCAGCUUAACGGCGAGUCUUGUUUUGAAAGUUCGUGAGGCUGCGGUGCAGCGGUGGUGAGAAAUUUUGAGUUGAGGCGAUGGUUUGACAAGGUUAGGUUUGAGAGUGUUGAGUCAAGAAACAGUGAUGAUUUGUGUUUGCACUGAAAAUGUCCACUUUCAGCUGCUAUGUUGUUACAGGAAACGAUUCAAGUCUCGAGUCAAAACUUCACCCUAAGGCAAGAGUCAACCCGCUCGCCAAAUUAAUCCGACCCCGGCGGCGGCGGAGUGAUAUCCGGCGGUAAUUCGGUUGUCUGGUCGCUCGAGGCGGUAGGAUACCAGCUUGUCCCACGGAAAAACAUCGCCAACAACAAAUUUCUCUGACGUCAAACGAUUCCCACGGACUGCGCAUUUCGGAACCGUUUUGGAACAGACGAAAAGUUAAAUCAAAUCAAGCGGCUUGUCUGUAAUUUUGCCCGCGGCCUUCCUGAAACUAAUUCCGUGUUGUCAUAUCGCAAUUUGUGCGUCUCGCCUUCUCGGCGCCGAGUCCGCGCGGAAGGUGAAGACAGAAGUUGCGGCGUAAUUUUGAUUCGGUGUGUUUUUCUCCGCCCCGCCGUGGUGUUGUGUUACCCCGGGGGUGGUGUUUCCCCUCCCCAGGGUGGUGUUGCCUUACCCAGGGGGAGUUCUGACGAGAGUUUGAAUGAACACAGCUUGUGCAAACGUUAACUUCCAAUCCGGGUCAAUUCUACAUCAAUCUCUUCAGAUUCUUCUUCUCUAACCAGAUGAAGUGUGCCUCAUGUUCUUUCAACGUCUCUUGCAGCAUUCUUUACGUCUUUCAAGUCAUUUUGGCUUGUCUGUCUUUCUGUGACUCUCAAUAUACAAAAUUUACCGUUGUCAGGUCAUACAUCCUCAGUGCUACUACCUUGUAUUUGUGUUUCUGGGAUUGAAAGGGUUGCAAAAUACUAUUGGUUAAAGCAAGGUACAACCUCCAUUGGGUUAGGAGAUGGAGUCUGCCAUUUAUGAUUGCCUUGAUUUGUCCAAGGAAUGUUUUUCAAUAUUUUUCAAUCAGUCUCUGCUAGAUAGACGUACGAAAGAAGGACAUGCAAAAGACGC